CGAUAACAUCUAAUUACAUAUGCCGGCCGGCACCAGAACGAAUUGAUUGUUGCCUUUUAUUCUUUUGAAUAAAGAAAACAUAUUACAAAAGAAAAAAAAUAGUCGAAAUGGAGGAUAUUGCUGUGCCGAAAAAGCGUGGACGCCCGCCAAAAGCGAAGACUACGGACGCAGAGCCAGAAGUGGACAAUACGACUGAAACCAUUCCAAAAAUCCCAAGAAAGCGCGGCCGCCCGCCUAAGUCCAAGGGGCGUGGCAGACCUCCAAAGGCAGCUACAGUAUCAAGUGCUAACGAAGACAACGACAAUGAUGAAGACGAGGACAAUGAUGAGCAGCCGAUGCCCAAAUCAGUGAAAUCACCCGGAGAAAAGCGCGGACGCGGACGUCCACGCAAAGAGCCCAUACCAGAGCCGGAGCCAGAGCCAGAGAACAGCGAGAAGGAAGAAGAUGAUGAAGAUGAUACGGAUUCAACAGCAUGAGCUACUUGUAAAUCAUCAAAAAUCAACAAUGCCAAGCCAGCUAAUGAUUAUCACAUCGAUUUUGUUGUCAACUUCAAAAUAAGAAUAAUAAAAACACUUUUAUAUAUGUA